AAACAGGACGAGAUGACUGAGCAGAGCAUCCGAGAUAUCUACCAUCAGGAGAUGAUGUCAUUUAAGGAGGGCCUUGAUCAAGAACAUCAACAACAGUUGGAGAGGAUCUUACAAGGGGUGGGGGAACAGAUCAGCCAGAAACUGACAGACCAACAGACAAAGUACCAGGAAGAGUUUAACCUGCAGUUACAGGCCAUGAGACUGACCUUGGAACAGAUCUAUCAAGGUCAGAUGGAGGUCAUGACCUCAGAACAGGAACAACGCCACCUAGCGGCUCUACAUGAACUAAGGGAUUCACUGAACAAGGAGCACUCUGAGGAGAUGAGCAGAGUCGAGUCGGAAUGGACAAGUCGGAUGUCAGAACUGGAGCGUGAGCAUGAGGAUGAACUCAAUGAUUCCCUAAUGGAGGACUCACUAAGUUCCGAGAUGGCCAAGUCUAACCUUCUUCAUAAACUCAACAAAAAACUGAGUGAGGAACACAAACGGUUACUGAUGAAAAUCUCGGAAGGUUUGGAGAGACACGGCCCACGACUGCGAUCUCCCCGGAAAUCUCGUCAGACUCAGGGCCAGCAGACGGACUCAGAGGACGGCGAGACGGACAGCAUCCGAUCACUUCCUGUCACAGGGCUAGAAUUCUCACAUCUCGACGAACGCGAGAAAGUCCUCAGUAACGCAAAGGGUAUGUUGUUUAUGUUGUUUAUGUAUCACAAUAUACUUUGGAAUGAUUAGAUUUAAUGGUCGCUCAAUAUUCGUAGAAUUUGUAGGUACCUC